AUGUCGUCCCUUACUUCAUUGCUGUCGGUGACGGCUACGUCGUCGGCAGCCCCAACAUCGAGCACUGGAGGAAAUCGGGCUCCCUCUCAGGGCGGCGUUAUCGAAGGCGCAAAUCCCUCCCACUACAACCCCAAGGACCCCAUUACGAUGUUUAUCAUCCAGGCCGGUCUCAUCAUCAUCGUCUGUCACCUUCUGCACUGGCCAUUAUCCAAGAUUCGACAGCCUCGAGUUAUUGCCGAAGUCAUUGGUGGCAUUGUCCUCGGCCCGUCCGUCAUGGGCCGCAUACCGGGCUUUCGCGCUGCCAUAUUCCCCACGGAGUCCAUCCCGAACCUGACCCUCGUCGCCAACCUUGGUCUCGUGCUCUAUCUCUUUCUCAUUGGUCUUGAGACAGACGUUCGCUUCCUUCUCAGCAACUGGCGAGUUGCAACCUCAGUCGCGUUUGCUGGACUGGCCCUUCCCUUCGCUCUUGGUUGUGCUCUUGCAUGGGGGUUAUACAACCAGUUUUCCAGUGAUGAGGGUGUCACGCAUAUUGACUUUCCUAUCUACAUGCUGUUCAUUGGUGUCGCCAUUGCAAUUACGGCAUUCCCUGUUCUUUGCCGUAUCCUCACAGAGCUGAAACUUCUCGAUACGUCAGUUGGAGUCAUUGUGCUUUCGGCUGGCGUUGCAAAUGAUGUUGUUGGCUGGAUCCUCCUUGCUCUUUGCGUUGCUCUCGCCAACGCAGGGACAGGUCUUUCCGCCCUCUGGAUUCUUCUAGCCUGUGUUGGCUAUAUGCUCUUCCUCCUCUAUGCUGUCAGACCAGUUUUGGUUUGGCUAUUGCGUCGAACCGGGAGCAUUGAGAACGGUCCCUCGCAGAGCAUGAUCGCGCUGAUUCUCUUGAUUGCUCUUGCAUCUGCUUUCUUCACCGGCAUCAUCGGCGUCCAUGCCAUUUUCGGAGGCUUCAUGGUGGGCCUUAUUCUACCCCGAGAAAACGGAUUUGCCAUCAAAGUCACGGAGAAGCUGGAGGAUCUGAUUGGCGCUCUCUUCCUGCCCUUGUACUUCACCCUUUCCGGACUGAACACCAAUCUGGGACUCCUUGACAGUGGUAUUACCUGGGGAUAUGUGAUUGCCGUUACUUUCACGGCCUUCUUGACCAAGGUAAUUGGCGCUAGUAUCGCUGCUCGAUUGAACGGCCUGGUAUGGAGAGAAUCCUUCUCGAUUGGAGCCCUGAUGAGUUGCAAAGGUCUUGUCGAGCUGAUCGUCCUUGUAAGAAUUCCCUUUCCUGUGUUGUUGUCUGGCCACCUGGAAUUAGGGAAAUGUAGUCCCCUUCUCCGCCCCUUUCCAAAAAGAAAAAAGCCAAGGAACAACCAGCUGCUAACCAAAACACAGAACAUCGGCCUCCAAGCCCGCAUUCUGAGUACAAGGACAUUCACCAUCUUCGUAGUCAUGGCUCUUCUGACCACCUUUGUCACCACUCCGCUGACCUCGUUCCUAUACCCUCGCUGGUACCAGAAGAAACUUGAAGCCUGGAAGCGUGGUGAAAUUGACUGGGACACUGGUGAAGUCGUUUCGAGUCACAGCGGCACAGCUGAUGAAACGGAGUUUACCAAACCAGCUACUGAUCGCGUGCAGCGCUUGCUGGUCUAUCUCCGUCUGGAUAACAUGCCGGCUCUUCUCAACCUUGUUUCAUUGUUUGGCAAGCAGUCGAUUACCGGAAGCCAGUAUGCUGAAAGCGACGAGAAAGGUGGGGUGCAAGCGGGUAUGGUUGCCUUGGGCUCGUCAAGCGGCAUCAGAGCUGUACGGGCUCACGGUUUUCGCUUGCUUCAUCUCACCGACCGCGAUUCUUCAGUCAUGACGGUCUCCCAGGUCGACGACUUCAGCCGAAACGAUCCGGUUGUAAAUAUUUUCCGGACUGUCGGACAGUUUCUGAAGGUCGCUGUCUCGGGCGAAGUGUCCAUCAUGCCCGAAACCCGCUUCGCCGAGGCUCUCCUAUCCAAGUCUUCGGAUAUCUCUUCCGAUCUUCUUCUUGUACCCUGGACCGAGAGCGGUAGUCUGAGUGAUUCACAAGUUCCUUCCACGGAUGGCGCCAACAAGCUCGCGUCGACGUACACGGGCUUCGCUAAGUCCAUCCUUGUCUCCACAGAGCACAAUGUUGGCAUCUUCUUUCCUAAGGGCAGCGCGCCUCAGCCUGCUACAGACAGUGGAAACGACCGUGGUAAGCUGAUGCGAGCGUACUCUUUCAGCGACAUCCACCAUGACAUCCCCACGAUUCCUGUCACAAACAAGUCGCAUCACAUCUUUAUGCCGUACUUUGGUGGCAACGACGACAAGUUUGCUCUCAGGCUAGUGCUGCAGCUUUGUGAGAAGCACAACGCCACGGCAACAGUGGUUCACUUCGAGCCAACGACUGGGGUCGGCUCCCAGACCCAGGAAGCUGACUACUUUGGCUUCAUGUCGACCCACGCGCCUGCUGGCGUGGCCUCGCGUGUUAAGUUUGAGACCUCAUCAGCCAGCGACGUUCUCGAGGCCGCUUCGACCUAUGCUGCAACGGGUAUCCGGGCAGACACGCGUGAAGUCACAUGGCACAAUCUCAUUGUUCUGGGUCGUCGUAUUACCGCAAAGCCAGCCGAGGGUAAAAAUCCCGUUAGGGUCUCGGAGGAGAUCAGAGAUUGCCUGGGCCUGGCUGCCAGUGUGUUCAUCGCCACGGGCGUCAAGGCGGAUUUGCUCGUCGUACAGGCCAAGACAGUGACGAACUAA